UUAGCAUUCCUCAGGACUGCUAAACAUAUGUGGCGCGAAGUUAAAUGAGUGAAAUACAUUAACAAAUCAGUUGAAUAGAUAAUUGUAUUUCUAGGCUAUUAAGAUUAGCGAUUGUUAGGGACUAAAAAUGUCACUGAAUAAAAAGCCUAUGCGAUAUGCGCACCCAGAAGGCCACACUGACGUUUGUUACUUCUCAGGCGAAAAAGGUGGACUCAUCACAUGUGGUUCCGAUGGAGACGUUAGAUCAUGGCUAAGUUUAAUGGAUGAUGACCCUGCUACAAGUUGUGUUUCAGAACAAGCUACUACAGUCAUUUCGAAGAAUGGAAAAAUAUACGUGGGUAAUGAUAACAAUACAGUUCAAAUACUUACCUAUCCUGAUCUUGAGAAAGAAGGUAUAGUAACUAGAUUUGCAGCUACAAUAUCAGCUUUAGCUACUACAAAAAAGAGCAAACUGAUCGCAUCUGGUGCUUGUGACAUGAGAAUCCAUGUAACAAACAUAGACACACUGGAUACCAUAGAAUUAACCGGUCACGAUGCACCAAUAUUGGGUUUAUCAUUAGAUCCUAAAGAAGAUUUUUUGGCGUCUUCAAGUGCAGAUGGAACAAUCAGGGUAUGGAAUAUUAAAGAAAAGCGAAGUGUUCAUACGUGGAAUAACGUAGUUCCUAAAUGCAAUUCGUUUUUAACAGCCAAGGUAUAUUGUGCACCUUCCUUUCAUUGCAAAACCGGCGAUUUUCUAGCUUAUCCUCAUGGGAAAGAUGUUAUUGUAGUGGAACGAUCGACUUGGAAAGAAACUUUUAGAUUAAAGUGCCCAGAUCUUAAGACAGAACUUAGUAUAUGCAAGUUUUCUGAAUGUGGUACUCUUCUAGCGGCUAGUUCGUUUUACGGAGAACUUAUAGUUUGGGAUGUAGAAAGCAAGUCAGUUAUAGGGUAUAUUGAACAUCAGCAAAAUGCUAAGAUUACUUCUUUCAGUUGGAAUCCUGAAAAACCUAAGGAAAUUGCUUUUUGCGAUGCUUUAGGUCAAUUGGGUUGCAUUGAAGUGAGAGGAUCAGACAAAUUGCUGAAUGAUUUGGAUUCAAAAGCUGCAAUAGACGAGCAUGAUCUAGACAAUAGUUCAGAUUUUCAGGACGAUGACGACGAUGCAGAAAAUGUUAUAUCAUUGAAUAAAAUAAAAUCAUCUGUUAAUCUCGAUCAUGAUCAAAAAAGCAUUUCAGACGUUUUUACUGAAAGAAUCCACGAAGACAGUAGAAAGUUAUUACAAGAAAUUAAUUUACAAGAACCAUUUCAACCUAGUUCUACUCCAGUUCAUUUACUUUCACGGUAUAUGGUAUGGAAUGAUACAGGACUGGUGAUGUGCUUUACUUCAGAAGACGGUGAAGAGUCUAACAUAGAAGUCCAAUUUCACGAUGUAGCUGUUCACCAUUCGAUGCGAAUUAGUAAUUAUUUGCGUCACACGGUAGCUGCUCUUUCUCCCCAGGCUCUUGCUUUGUGCUGUGCUUCAAGUGAAGAUACACCAAGUAAACUUGUUGUGGUUGUAUUAAACGGUUGGGGUUCUGGAAAUAAAGAGUGGACUAUAGAUAUCCCUGAAGGCGAAGAAGCGCAAAGUCUCGCUGUUGGUAACAAUUUUGUUGCUGUUGCUACAGACAGAAGAAAUUUAAGACUUUUCAUGAUAGGCGGUACUCAACGUGAAAUAAUUGCAUUACCUGGAUCUGUAGUGGCUAUGAAUGCGCACAAUAAUCAUCUUCUAGUAACAUAUCACACUGGAAUAGGUGCUUCUGAGGAUCAGCAUAUGAAUAUGCUUUGGAUGAGAAUCAUCGGGCCUAAUUUAAGAAGUCAAAAACUUGAAGUGCCCCUGUCUCCUUCAUCCAAAUUAUCAUGGUUGGGACUUUCUGACCUCUAUUCACCAACAAUAAUGGAUACUGAUGGUAUAAUUAAAAUGUAUGAUAAGAAAUCAUCAAUGUGGAGAGUGGCCUGCAAUACCGACAGACAUCCAAAGGGCAAGAUGGAUCAUUUUUUUGUUAUUGGAGUCAGCGAGACCGAAAGACUCAUACGUUGCAUCUUAUGCAAAGGAAGCUAUUAUCCUCCAACGAACCCAAGACCAAUUCUUCACGAAAUACCAUUAAUUAUACCACUUUGCGAACCAGAUUCAGAAAAAUCAGAGAAAGAAGCGAAAGUAUGGCAACUAGGAAGUCAUCCGGAGGAAGAAAAAGAAGCUGUUUUGAUGCUGAUUGCACUCGCUUGUCGUAGUAACGUGGAAUUCCGAGCUGUGGAACUGUGUCAGCAAAUAGCGUCACAGAAGGUGAUAGAAUUAGCAAUAAAGUAUGCAGCAAGAAAUAACAGAAUGGCGUUGGCCAACAAAUUGGAAUCGAUUGGCGAAGAUAAAGGCCAUCAGGAACUUGAACAACAAUUAGAAAAUGAUAAGGACUGUUUCGAAAAUCAAAACAAUGAAAUUGAGGAAGAAUUAGACUUUGCACCUAUUGUCAAAAAAACUGAGAUAGAAAUUAGGCCAAUAUCUUUAAGUCAAGGCCAAAGAAGAAGUAAUCCAUUUUUAAAAAGGGAGAACGCUCCUAAACUCAGAGGUCUAGCAGCACUGGGCGAACCUGAAGAACCACAAAAAGCAAAACCUGUAACGGUAGUGCAGAAACCCAAACCUGUGCCAACUAAGGCAAAAAAGACGGAGUCAUUCGUUAGUUGGUUUUCCCGGAACAAGAAGCAUUUGCAAGAAGAAUUUCCAGAGAUAAGUAUUACCGAAUUAACGAAACUUGGUUUGUCGAAGUUCAAAGAAAGUUCUCUAGAUCUAAAAUCCAAAGAAAGUCCCCAAGUUAUAAACUCCAAAGAAAGUUCUUAUGACAUGAAAUCCAAGGAAGAAAAUGCUGAGAUAAAGAAGAGAAAAUUGAGUGAAUCAGAGGAAACAACGACAGUCAGUGAACCAAAGCGAUCAGCAUCUAGUAAGCUUGCUGCAUUCGCUAACGAUAAAUAGGUUUAGUUUUAAAUUUAUUAACAUUUUUAAAAAGACAAACGAAUCACAGAUAGCCGAACUGAUUUGAUGUUUAUAUAUGCGCCAUUGGUAUACUGUUUAUAGAAAACUUUGUAGAAAUUUUUGAAUUCCUGUUACGUGAAAUAAACUUUUUAAUGCAAAAAGU